UUCAGCAUCAAGCUUUUACUUAGCCGGUGGGGUUAUUGCAGGAAUUGUUGUCAGUAUUUUGGUGAUAAUCGGUAUACUCAUCGCGGUAUUUGUGGUCCUUCUAAGGAGAGGUCACAUGAAGCCUGUUCGAAGAGGUUUGACAGCGAUGUCGGUAAAGUAUCGCAAAUCAGUAGCAGGCGUAAGGGCGAGGGCAAGAAAUAACGACUACGUAAAUACGAACAUCACUACUGAUUCUUUAUAUAUGUACGGAGAAAUGGAUUUUAAGGACAUUCAAAACUGGCAUAUGGAACGAGAUGAUGUCAUUUUCGAGUCAUUAUUGAAAUCUGGCAAUUUUGCCGAUAUCUAUCUUGCUAAAUUAAGAUCAUCCAACACGACAGUGGUAGCAAAAACUCUUAAACAGAACUAUACCGAGCAAGAUGAACUACUGAUGAAGGCAAAGAUAAACUUUAACUCUAUCGAGGUAGGACAGAAUGAAAAUGUGCUUCGCUUUAUCGGUGCUGUAGUCACUGAAACCGAUAUUGGGCCAUUUAUAAUCUACGAGUAUAGUGCAAAUGGACAAAUGCGAGACUACCUGGAGACUAUGAAAAAUAAUGUGACUUUAGAGACACUAGAGCUGCAGCUGCGAUUCGGACUUGGUGUGGCGCGGGGAAUGGAUUAUCUUGCACAGAGAAAGAUUGUACAUCGCCGCCUGGCUGCCCGCAACAUUCUUCUAGAUUCUAAUCUUGCCCCGAAGAUCACUGGAUUUGGCCCACAGCCUGAUGAAAAGAACAAUGACGAUGGAAACGCAAAGAAAAGGGAGAGAAUACCUUUGAAAUGGAUGGCACCUGAAUGUCUUAAGUCUACAGCUGGUGCCACAGAAAAAAGUGACAUAUGGUCAUUUGGAAUUGUGCUUUGGGAAAUAUUCUCUUUCGGUGAGAGCCCAUAUGGUAAUAUAAGAGGUCGGGAUCUCCCGGCAAAGCUGAAAGAUGGCUAUAGACUACCAAAACCUGAGCAAUGUGAUGACAAAUGGUACAGUGUUAUGAAGCAGGUUUGGUCUGAAGAUCCGAAGAAAAGACCUAGUUUCAAAGAGAUAAGGAACACACUGGAUGAGAUAUUCGUGGCUGCGCCAACAGAUGACUACUACUACUACAGAAAGUAGAAAUGAUCUCAAGCAACAGUUAUAUGCAGUGUCAAACGGGCCUGUAAUAUACGUCUGUGUAAUAUGCUUGAGUAAUGAUUUAACGACGACUGUAGUCGCUAUAGAGUCAUCGAGUAGCAACUGCUUUCUGAACUGUGACAGAUUUUGUUCUCCUAUAUGUGUUUAUUUUUAUUGAAUUAUAUAAGUUUACGACAUUUUCAUGUCAUGCAUAUUUCAAGCUAUUUAGUGUACUAGGAUAUCUGGAGUUCCUAUUAUCAGAAUCUUAUUACCCAAAACAGUAACAGUGUGUACGAGUAUAUCAUGCUAUGCAACAUACCUACUGCAAUUAAGAUAUAGCAAGUCUUAGGCAAUAUCCUAGCAGUCAGGAAAUGAGAAAUUUGAGUUUCAAAAUCCGCACAAGUGUUAGUUUUUAAAUUGCGGUUGUUGAUGUUGUUCUGUUUUACUAUCUUGUCUGUGAAUAUAAUGCCUUAUCACUGUUAUCCUCUAUACUGACCGUGUGUGCUUAAACUCUCGUGCUUACAUAAUACGUUUCUACAGAAAGAAGUUUAUUCUGACUCGGUGUUAAGGCGAGCAGAAUUUUGUAUAUAAUGUUUAAUGUUGCUAUAAUAUCACUCUGUUUGCCAGUUGUCCUUAUAUCCAUAUGUACUGUGGCCGUGGAUAUGUUUAUGAAAUAUUAGGGGUUUCAAUGUACAUUUUAACUCGUGUCUCAUUCUAGUGUCUCGUUCUGUUUUGAAAUUCUGGCAAAGUGAAAUGUAAACUAUUGUACAGUUUCUUUAACCUUUCACUAACAGCAAAAUAUAAACUCUUUUGAGGUCCUGUAAGAAAAGAUUGCAUAUAACAUUUUUUAAUGAUUCCAGUUCUGUCUAUUAAAUUUUGUAUUCGAGGUUGACUUACUUUAAGAUAUAUAGCGGUACAGGACAAAUAUGCAAUAAAAUUCUCUGAUAACACUGAAAUUGUUUUUGCCUCCAAAAUGAAACAAGGGAUAAUUUAAAUACAUUACUUUUAUACGUGAAAAAAUAUAUAUAACGCUAAACGAACGUAAACUGAACAAGUUACAAAAUUUCCAUCACUUACUAGAAAAUGUAAAUACAUAUUUGUAACCUUUUGUUUUGUGAUUUUGA